CUCCCUCUCAUUUCUCCCUCUCAGCUGUUCAUUCCAAACUCAGAUAUGAUCCCGGCAGCUGUUGUUAAGCAUCAGCUCUGGGCGACACUUCUCGUUUGAUUCCCCCCCCCUUUCCUCCCCAGACUGAGGAGGGGAGGGUCGUCUGGCACCUCUGGACCUGCAGGUGGGCUAAUCCGGAGGGCAUGGCAGAGGGAUCGGGGGUCAGGAAGCCCUCCUCUCUACUGGCCAUGGUGGCUGGCUGGGCCCAAGCCCUUUGCCGUGGCUUGGUGUGUUUUUGGAGCAACCAGUAUGCCUGGCUGCUGGGGGUGCCGUGCCUUCGUCGGGCUUACCACCUGUGGCUGGCGGCCAUUGUCAUGUUUGGGCCACUGCUCCAGUUCUACGUGAACCCGCGGGCGAUCUUUGCCAACCAUCACAACUUCUUUAACAUCAAGUUUGUCAGGUCUGCCUGGGGCUGGACAUGCAUUUUCCUGGGGGGCUUCAUCCUUCUGGUCGUGUACCUGGCUACCCAGCGGCUCCUGCUCACCCUCCGCCAUCUCAGCCGCCUGGCAGUAGGGGCUGGGCUCUGGCUGGGGGCAACAGAGACCUUUCUGCUCAUAGAGAACCUCACCGGCUACUGCUUCGACCCUGUGUCUGAGGGCAUCUUGGUGAACAACCUUCCGGAUAAGUGGACGUGUCUUCACAAUGGCCACAAGUGGCAUGGAUAUGAUGUGUCAGGCCACACGUUCCUGCUCACUUUCUGUUGCCUCCUCAUGGUGGAAGAGACCUCCGUCUUCCGGCGCUAUCUGGCCCACGGCCACCCUGCCGGUGUCCCCCUGCGCCUCAUCUUUCUCCUCAACGUCCUCCUGCUCGGCCUGUGGAACUUCCUGUUGGCUUGCACUGUUGUGUACCUUUACGAAUACAGUCACAAGGUGGUUGGGGCUGCCAUCGCGACCCUCUGCUGGUUCCUUACCUACCGGGUCUGGUAUCGCUGUGCUUGGUCUCCAGGGAGGCCUGGAGCUGGCCUGUUCCUCAAAGGAGCCCCUGAAGAGGCUAAGAAACGGAACUGAGCACCCUUCGAGAGGGCCGAGGGCUGGAAAAGGGCCUGUAAGAGAAUUACCUGUCUUGAGAGAGAAAUAAAAACGGGAUCUUUGGGGGC